AACAAAGACAAGCAGAUCAAAAACAGUCUGCAUUUUUGUCAUAACUUCCUGCCGAAAGUACCUACCUACCUACCUACCUACCUCCCUACCACGCCCGGGUAGAUUUUGCCUUAAUUAGAACAGCGGACACGAGGAGUUUGAAAAAAAGAGAAGAGGUACAUUUUUGCCCGCUUUGCAGUGCACCGCCGAGCCGAGUAAGCUUGGAUCAAACGACCUAGGGUCCCUGACUUGAAAAACACGAGGGAAUUGCCGAAUCCUCGCCCGGCGCGAGCUUUUCCUGGCUCAGCAAAAUCUCACCCACAUCCAGCGCACCAACAUACUUGACGAUUCCCAACAACGGACGACAUAGCGAGGCACAUUUUGGCAUCCCUAUUUUCCUCGCGACUAAACCACGCGCGACGCGGACAACCCGGAUUUAUUUUUCUUCUCUCGACAUUAAGAUCGAGUGUUGUGUGCCGGGAAGCUAAAUUUUACUUGGGUGAAUUACGCAAACGAAAUCGCAAAGACGGGCCACGGACACAUUCGUUGCGGCCUUUUGAGGAGACUAUUGCGACACGAUAUCAUCCGCCAAGCAGCAACUCUAGAGAUUUCACCACCAGCCAGAGGGAAGAAUCAGACGCAAAGGCGAAAUACCCACCGAACCCGGCGGCGCAUCGUGCGUCGCACCCUCCCCCUCCCUAAUUGGACAAGAUGAUGCUCGAGGAGAAAUACAUCGGCCUGGCUCUGGCGAUAACAUCCAGUUUAGCCAUAGGUGUUAGUUUUGUUAUAACUAAAAAGGGUCUGCAACAAGCAGAGGAAAGACUUGGCUUCGAGGGCGAUGGCUUCGUCUAUCUCAAGAACCCACUCUGGUGGGCUGGCAUAGGAACUUUGGUUCUCGGUGAGAUAUGCAACUUUGCUGCAUACGCAUUCGCACCAGCUAUCCUUGUCACGCCAUUAGGAGCCCUCUCAGUCCUCAUCGGCGCAAUCCUCGGCUCAUACUUCCUCAACGAACUGCUGGGUAUACUCGGGAAGCUUGGUAGCGCAAUAUGUCUGAUAGGCGCUGUCAUCAUCGUGCUCCACGCCCCGCCAGACAAGGAGAUCACCACCAUCGACGAGAUUCUGAACUAUGCCAUCCAGCCAGGCUUCUUGCUCUACGUUUUCUUCGUAACGGUAUACGCUACCUUUAUGAUCUACUGGGUGGCGCCGAAGCACGGCAAGAAAAACCCGCUCAUCUACUUGUCAAUCUGUUCGCUAGUCGGCUCUGUCUCGGUCAUGUCAGUCAAGGCCUUUGGCAUUGCGCUGAAGCUGACAUUUGCCGGAAACAACCAAUUCUCUCACCCAUCGACCUAUGUGUUCAUGAUCAUUACCGUCGUGUGUAUCCUGAUCCAGAUGAACUAUUUCAACAAGGCACUAAGCCAGUUCCCGACCAACAUUGUCAACCCGCUGUACUAUGUAACAUUCACCACUGCAACCCUGUGUGCAUCCUUCAUCCUUUUCAGUGGCUUCAACACCACCGAUCCGGUUGGCACGCUGUCGCUUCUCUGCGGCUUCCUCGUGACGUUCACUGGUGUCUACCUCCUCAAUCUCUCGCGCACCGACCCAACUGGGAUGCGCUUGGCCAAUGGUCAAGGCGGCAACGACGCUACGGGCACCGACAUGGUUUCAUCGAUUCAGACCCGCCUCAGUAUGGAGGCUCGCCGCAGUCUGAGCCACCGCCGUAUGAGCGGUGGCAGCACCACACACGCCGCCGACAGGCAGGGCCUCAUGCGAGCCUACGACGAAGAGGAGGCGGCCGGCUUGAGUCUCGGAGACCUUGCAGAUGACAGCGAUGAAGGUAGCGGCAGUGGCAGCGGCAGCGCAAGCAAUGGCAAGAAGAUGAACGGGAAUGGCGAGCCGAAGCGCUACAACGCCUCAAUAGAGCUUCAAACAAGGAGGCAGCCUGAGAGGUAACAGUGAAAUGUUCUUCAGGAUGUCUGUUUUUUUGUCUUCAUUUUCUUUUGGUGUACGGGUGUUUUUAUGGUUGAAGUAUACACCCGCUACGCCAGGAGUGUAUUCCAUCAAGCGUUGUUUCUUGACGCGAGCUCUAUGUCUCUUAUCUUUGUUCAACUAGACCAUCAUAUUUGUCUUGCUGUAUGCAUGAAGCCUGUCUAGACUUCUUUUUUUUUCCCUUCUUUUUCCUUUGAUGUAUGGGCUCAAGAUUCUUUCGUGAAGCUCUGCACUGAGAAAGAAGUUGUUAGAUCGAAAGCAGGAAGAGCGAGCCGUUGACUUUUCCCUGAUUCUGCCAAGGAAUCGCGCUUGGCAUUUCUCGUUGGAACGGUUAUCAGUUGCUUCUUUUCCCGCUUUUCUGUAAUUUCUUCUUCAUUUUGUUUUUACCCCCGUCUCUUUCUUUCUGGCCCUGGUUUGUAUUCGCCGCACAGCCAUUCUGCGAAGGAGUCGACAUGCAUGAGAUCAUUUUUGUUUCGAACGAAAAAAGGAGUGGGUGUGUACAAAGGGGAAUCAUUUCUCGGCGUUUUCGUUUUUGAUUUCUGAUUUUGGGGAUUUCUCUUUUUUCUUAUUCUCCUUCUGUUCAUUUCCUCACACUCCACUGGAUUUCGAAAGUGUCUGGUGGCUACUUUUCAGCUCAUUCGUCUCUUUUUAUGUGUUUUUCAUGUCCCUUUCUUCUUCUCACUUCCUCGGCAUGGUUCCAUGAUUCAUUGCGUAUCGUUACCGUUUCUCACUGCGGUCUGGGCGAGAAAGCAUUUAAGCGGGAAUCUGGCGCGUCGCAUGGGGGCAUGGGUGGAUUACAUGUAUGAUAUUGUCUAUUUUAGAGGAAAUUGAGAUUCAUGAGAUGGCAUUUCAUUUAACCGUUGAAGCUUAUUUAUGUUUUCUGUCAUUUUUAGGCCAUGUUCGGGACACAGGUUCCUCGUUACAUCAAAAGGUG